GCCAGUCGAAUUGUGAUAUCCACUGUAGACGACGUGUUUUUCAUCGCUUCAGUUCGUAACACACAUUCUAAAAGUUUUCAAGUAAUUCAAACAUGAGUGAAAUAAUAACUGUAGUUGCACCUGUAAAUAUAGCAGUCAUUAAAUAUUGGGGCAAACGCGAUGAAGAAUUAAUAUUGCCUACAAAUGAUUCCGUUAGCGCAACUUUGGAUACGGGUGUAAUGUGUGCUAAAACUUCAGUUACUGCCAGGCCAGAUUUUUCUGAAGAUAAAAUUUGGUUGAAUGGGAUAAAAGAAUCAUUUUCCAAUAAAAGAUUGCAAAAUUGCCUAAGAGAGAUAAAAAUCCGAGCGGCGCAAGAAAAAAGUGUUGGAGAAGAGUUUUUGUACUGGAAAGUACACAUUUGUUCUGAAAAUAAUUUCCCAACUGCAGCAGGUUUGGCAUCUUCUGCUGCUGGGUAUGCCUGCCUGGUGUCUGCAUUAGCUAAACUCUACAAACUCAAAUCUGAUGUUAGUUCAAUAGCUCGAUUGGGUUCUGGAAGUGCUUGUAGGAGUGUCUAUGGAGGAUUUGUAAGAUGGCAUGCAGGGGUAAAACCUGAUGGCUCUGACUCAGUGGCCACUCAGGUGGCUGAUAAUUCCCACUGGCCGGAAAUGCAUGCUUUGAUCCUUGUAGUUGGAGAGAGUAAAAAGAAAAUGAGUUCCACUAAAGGGAUGAAUAUUACCAAGGAGACUUCAGACUUAUUGAAGUAUCGAGCAGAACAAGUAGUCCCUCAGAGAACUGAAGAAAUUUGCAAAGCAAUCAAAGAAAAACACUUUGCAAAGUUUGCGGAAAUCACCAUGAAGGAUAGUAAUCAGUUCCAUGCAGUUUGCAUGGACUCAUAUCCACCCUUUGUUUAUUUGACCAGUGUUUCAUAUACCAUUAUUGAUUUGAUUCACAAUUAUAAUGAUUUGUACAGGGAAAUUAAAGUGGCUUACACAUUUGAUGCUGGUCCCAAUGCCUGUUUGUAUUUAUUGAAGAAGGAUGUGCCAGAAUUAUUAUCUGUUAUUAAUCAUAUUUUUCCUUCAUCUUCUACCGCCUUUGUUAGGGGCAUUGAGACUAAUGUUAAACCUAUUAAUGCUGAUAUUGUGAGCAAGUUGACUAUAGAACCUCAGGCCAAAGACUUGAUCAAAUAUGUGAUACAUACAAAAGUUGGUGAAGGACCCACUGAAGUAACUGAUGGAUCCCAUCUGUUGAAUGAUAAUGGUUCUCCAAAAUGUCUUAAUAUUAUUUGAAACUUGGUGCUUUCAUCUUAUCAUAGUGCAGCAUUUACUCCACUUGCAUUGUUAGACUAUAAUAUAUUAAGAUAAUUUUUUUAUUCAUUUGUUUCCAAUAGAAACAUCUUAAUUUUAGAUAUGAAUUUUUUUGUACAUAUUAGACAAUAUUCUUCCACAUUCCUUAUGUCAUUAACACUUAAA